ACUGAUUCACUCCCUUUUCAGUAAUCAGCAUCUAUAAGCCAUCAAUACUCUGCAUUUCCUCUUACAACCCAAUCUCCAGUCUUCUUCUUCUUCUUCUUCAUUCUCUUUCAAGCCAUUAAAAAAGCUUUCACCUUUGAGUUGAUAGUAUUCUGUCAAUAAGAAAGCUAACCUUCGUGGACCCAAAAAAGCCCAUCGGCUCUUUCAAUGGGGAAACAAGGAAGAAAGAGAUUGGUUUCUUAUGCUCUGUUUUUAGCUGCUCUGUUUCAAUGUAGAUUCUUGGCUUUUGCAAUUUUAGACCCACUUGAUUUUUUAGCUUUACAGUUGAUUAGGAAGUCGAUGAAUGAUUUACCGGGGUCUAGUUUUUUUGCUUCCUGGGAUUUCACCUCCGAUCCUUGUAACUUCACCGGAGUUUAUUGUGAGUCCGAUAAGGUAAUAGCUCUUAAUCUAGGUGACCCGCGUGCUGGUUUUCCGGGUUUAACCGGAAGGUUAGACACGGCUAUUGGUAAACUCUCAGCACUUACAGAGUUCUCUCUGGUUCCGGGUCGGGUCUUCGGGUCGUUGCCGAUGUCGAUCUCGCGAUUAGAGAACCUUCGGGUUCUUGCGAUAACUCGGAAUUUUAUCUCCGGGGAUAUACCGGCGAGUCUCGGUCGAUUGAGAAGGCUUAAAACGCUUGAUCUCAGUUACAAUCGACUCACCGGUAAAAUCCCUCGUUCUAUCGGGACCUUACCGGAGCUUACCAAUGUUCUUCUCUGCCACAAUAACCUCUCCGGUUCGGUCCCUCCGUUUCUCUCCCAAGCCUUAACCCGGUUGGACCUAAAACGGAACGCUCUCACCGGUUCACUCCCCAACUCCUUCUCUCCUUCCCUCCAGUUCCUCUCUCUCUCAUGGAACCAACUGACUGGACCGGUGGACAGUGUCCUAUCCCGGCUCGACCAGUUAAGUUUCCUAGACUUGAGUUUUAACCGUUUUACCGGUCCAAUCCCCGACCGGAUUUUCUCAUUUCCUCUCACAAACCUUCACUUGCAAAGAAACUCGUUUUACGGUCCAGUCCAACCAGGCGAUCAAGUGAAGAUCUCGACCGUUGAUCUGAGCCAUAACAUGCUUUCGGGUCGAAUUUCACCGAUGUUCUCGACCGUGCAGAAUCUUUAUUUGAAUCAUAACCGGUUCACGGGUCAGGUACCGGACAGCUUAGUGGACCGUUUAUUAUCGGCCAGCUUACAAACACUUUAUUUGCAGCAUAAUUUUUUGACCGGGAUCGGGAUUAAUCCAACGGCUGAGAUCCCUCAAAGCUCUUCGCUGUGUAUACAGUAUAACUGCAUGGUGCCUCCCGUACAGACGCCCUGCCCUUUGAAGUUUGAAACACAGAAGACUAGGCCUACUUCCCUCUGUAACGAAUGGAAAGGGUAGAUUGGUAAUUUCUGAAGUGCUAGUGCCGGGUACUUUAGGAAGAUAAAAAUAAUGGGAAAUUUUUUUUAUUCAUUUAUUUUACUGGAUUUUUUAUUCGUUUAUUUAUUUUAUAAGAAAAUUUGUUGAAUAUGUUUUAGGUUCAAAACGAAUUUGUUGAAUUUUUUUCUUUUCAAAGAGAAUUUGUUGAUAAAUUAGAAAAUGUAAGUUGUAAUUUUUACUUUUUU